AUGGCGUCCGGCUGGCAGGAGGCAGCGGCCCAGCACGCCGAGGAGGUGUCGGCCCGGUUACGGCAGCUGUUGACCACAGGCCUGGGCCUCCUCCGCACCGAGCUGGGAGUGGAGCUCGGCCUGCAGCCUCAGCUGUACCCGUCCUGGGUCUUCCUGGCCGUGCCGGCCUUCCUGGCCCUGCUGCUCCUCCUGCUACUGCUACACUGCGCCUCGGCCCGGGCCUCCCCAGCCAGGAGAGCGGCCACAGCGGAGGACGCGGAGCCGGCCCCGCACCUCGCAAAGGCCGCCCCUCUACCCAGCAAGAGCGUCCGGCUGGACGAGGCCCGGAAGAAGAGCAAGAAGAAGGCGGCCGACAAGGCCAAGCCCAACGGUCGCCCAGUAGAGCUUGCUGAGGAAGAGGUGAUUGUUCCUGUCAAAAAAGAGAGCCCGAAACAGCCACCUGAUGCUGAGAAGAAGAAUGAAAAGGUGAAGAAGAAUAAAAAGAAACCAAAGACUGAUGUAAAACAAACUCAGCAGUCGCCCAGCCAGGAUAAAAAGGAAGCCGAGGAAGGAAACUGGGAAACUAAGAUCAGCAACAAAGAAAAGAGACAGCAGCGCAAACGUGACAAAGGAACGGACUCUGAAAAUCUUCCUGAAAACACUACAGCAGUCACUGAAUCCUUCACAAUGGUGUCAUCUCAACCAACAAAUAUCAGAAAAUCUAAAGGUUUGUUCAUACAAAUGUUUUUCAUCUGCAUGGCUUCCUUUGGAGUGCCUACUUCUCCAGAUGGAGAAAGCAUCAUGACCCUUCAACAAUCCAAAGACUUAUAA